AUUCCAGUGAAUAACAACUGUUAAAGUGGACGUUCUGGGAAUGAGAAAAGUAAUAAGUCGAAUGACUUUGAGGCAGAAGAGAAAACGGGAUACUUCAACAAUGAAUCAGAGGUCAUGGAAACUGGAUCAAUGGACAAUGAUGGUUACGUGUUUCUGUUGGAAGUUAGGUUGGACAGAACUAAAGAAAAUAACAUGGACCUCUUACGAAGAUUACCCAGUGCCGCUCGCAAUGCCAAGACAGAUCUAGGGACACCUAGUUAGUUUAAGGAGCAGCCCAUGAAAUCCCGCUAUUUUGUUUUUCAGUAAAUUUUUAUAUAACUUAUGUCAUUCUCACUGCUAG